AUGAUGAACAAACUCAUAUGGGGCACUGAUCCCCUACUCUUCAUGCAUGCAUAUCCUGUGGAUGAGCAUGGAAAUAUCACUGUCAAUGCCAAAUUUCAAAACACGUUUAUCAUGGCUGGCAUCGUUCGUUUUGUGUGGCACAAGGGCCACAAAGCCUUUCUUGGCACCUCACCACUGAAGGGCGAGCCCCUUCAGUGA